GACGGGGUUUCUUCAUGUUGGCCAGGCGGGUCUCAAAUUCCCGACCUCAGGUGAUCAGCCUGCCUUGACCUCCCAAAGUGCUGGGAUUACAGGCGUGAGCCACUGCGCCUGGCCUGGAGAUUAUAUUUUAAAGUUAUUUUGAAUACUCCCUGGAAAAGUUCUUGUUCAUACUUAUACCCCUAAGUCAAAAGAUUUGUCAAAUAUUCAAGAACAAUCAAUCACUUAAAAAUACUGUAUAAAAGUUUCUAUUUCGGCAUACUUUACUUUUACUUAACUAAAUUUUCAAAUAAAAUGUAGCCACUUUUAUGAUCUCAACAAGAUCGGUCAUUCCUAUAGCGGAGUUGAAAACUUUCAACUUAUUCACAAUUAUCAGAAGAAUGGGGCAGCCCCCACAGAGACUCCCAGCAAUGAGUUGUAAAAUUCAGUCUGCAUUAAGUAGCUUCCUUACAAUCAUCCCGAUGGUAAAAGUGUCAAAUUUCGCAAACACCUGGACAAGGAAGUGAAAUGAUCAUCUAAUAACGCAGUUGACUCAUCUGUCAAGCGAGUGGGCCAGGGUCCCUGAGCUCACUACCCUCAGAUUCUAACUCCAGCUUCACAUCAUUAGGCGUAAGCAGCCAAUUGGGCCGUCUGGGAGCCGUGCAUCCUGGGAGUUAUAGUUUCCGGCUCCCUCCUUCAGACUACAAGCUCCACAGAGCCGCGGGAGGACGGUUAGCUGGUAUUAUUAGCAAGCAGCAAAUAUGGCGGUGGCGCGCGUGGACGCGGCUUUGCCUCUCGGAGAAGGAUCAGUGGUCAAUUGGUCAGGGCAGGGACUACAGAAAUUAGGUCCAAAUUUACCCUGUGAAGCUGAUAUUCACACUUUGAUUCUGGAUAAAAAUCAGAUUAUUAAAUUGGAAAAUCUGGAGAAAUGCAAACGAUUAAUACAGUUAUCAGUGGCUAAUAAUCGGCUGGUUCGGAUGAUGGGUGUGGCCAAGCUGACGUUGCUUCGUGUAUUAAAUUUGCCUCAUAAUAGCAUUGGCUGUGUGGAAGGGCUAAAGGAACUAGUACAUCUGGAAUGGCUGAAUUUGGCAGGAAAUAAUCUUAAGGCCAUGGAACAGAUCAAUAGCUGCACAGCUCUACAGCAUCUCGAUUUAUCAGACAAUAACAUAUCCCAGAUAGGUGAUCUAUCUAAAUUGGUAUCUCUGAAAACCCUGCUUUUACAUGGAAACAUCAUCACCUCUCUUAGAAUGGCACCUGCUUACCUACCCAGAAGUCUUGCUAUACUUUCUUUGGCAGAAAAUGAAAUCCGAGACUUAAAUGAGAUCUCUUUUUUGGCAUCCUUAACUGAAUUGGAACAGUUGUCGAUUAUGAACAAUCCUUGUGUGAUGGCAACACCAUCCAUCCCAGGAUUUGACUAUCGGCCGUACAUCGUCAGCUGGUGCUUAAACCUCAGAGUCCUAGAUGGAUAUGUGAUUUCUCAGAAGGAAAGUUUGAAAGCUGAAUGGCUCUAUAGUCAAGGCAAGGGGAGAGCAUAUCGGCCUGGCCAGCACAUCCAGCUUGUCCAAUAUCUGGCUACAGUCUGCCCCCUCACUUCUACGCUAGGUCUUCAAACUGCAGAGGAUGCCAAACUAGAGAAGAUUUUGAGCAAACAGAGGUUUCACCAGAGGCAGUUGAUGAACCAAAGCCAAAAUGAAGAGUUGUCUCCUCUUGUUCCUGUUGAAACAAGGGCAUCCCUUAUUCCUGAGCAUUCAAGCCCUGUUCAAGAUUGCCAGAUAUCCCAGGAAAGUGAACCCAUCAUUCAAGUCAAUUCUUGGGUUGGGAUAAACAGUAAUGAUGAUCAGUUAUUUGCGGUUAAGAAUAAUUUUCCAGCCUCUGUACACACUACGAGAUAUUCUCGAAAUGAUCUGCACCUGGAAGACAUACAGACGGAUGAGGACAAGUUAAACUGUAGUCUUCUCUCUUCAGAGUCUACUUUUAUGCCAGUUGCAUCAGGACUAUCUCCACUAUCACCUACAGUUGAGCUGAGGCUGCAGGGCAUUAACUUGGGCCUAGAAGAUGAUGGUGUUGCAGAUGAAUCUGUGAAAGGGCUGGAAAGCCAGAUGUUGGAUAAGGAAGAGGAAAAGCCUUUAUGGGCUGCAAAUGAGAAUUCUGUUCAAAUGAUGAGAAGUGAAAUCAAUACAGAGGUAAAUGAGAAAGCUGGGCUAUUACCUUGUCCUGAGCCAACAAUAAUCAGCACUAUCUUGAAGGAUGAUAACCACAGUCUUACAUUUUUUCCUGAGUCAGCUGAACAGAAACAACCAGACAUAAAGAAACCAGAAAAUACACAACCAGAAAAUAAAGAAACUUCAGAGAAACUUCCCAUGAUUUUAACCCAGAGAUCUGUUGCUUUGGGACAAGACAAAGUUGCCCUUCAGAAGUUAAAUGAUGCAGCCACCAAGCUUCAGGCCUGUUGGCGGGGAUUUUAUGCCAGAAACUACAACCCUCAAGCCAAAGAUGUGCGUUACGAAAUCCGGCUACGCAGAAUGCAAGAGCACAUUGUCUGCUUAACUGAUGAAAUAAGGAGAUUACGAAAAGAAAGAGAUGAAGAACGUAUUAAAAAAUUUGUACAAGAAGAAGCUUUCAGAUUCCUUUGGAACCAGGUAAGGUCUCUACAGGUUUGGCAACAGACGGUGGACCAGCGUCUAAGUUCCUGGCAUACUGAUGUUCCUCCUAUAUCAAGUACUCUUGCGCCAUCGAAACCUCCAUUAUUUACCCAAAGCCAGGAGUCCUCUUCUGAUCAAAAUGCUGAUUGUUUCAUUGCUUCUGAUGUAGCUCCUCAAGAGAAAUCAUUACCAGAAUUUCCAGACUCUGGUUUUCAUUCCUCUCUAACAGAACAAGUUCAUUCUUUGCCGCAUUCUUUGGAUUUUGAGAAAAGUUCCACAGAAGGCAGUGAAAGCUCUAUAAUGGGGAAUUCCAUUGACACAGUCAGAUAUGGCAAAGAAUCAGAUUUAGGGGAUGUUAGUGAAGAACAUGGUGAAUGGAAUAAGGAAAGCUCAAAUAACGAGCAGGACAAUAGUCUGCUUGAACAGUAUUUAACAUCAGUUCAACAGCUGGAAGAUGCUGAUGAGAGGACCAAUUUCGAUAAAGAGAUAAGAGAUAGUAAACUUCACAUUGCUUGUUUCCCAUUACAGUUAGAUACCUUGUCUGACGGUGCUUCUGUAGAUGAGAGUCAUGGCAUAUCUCCUCCUUUGCAAGGUGAAAUUAGCCAGACACAAGAGAAUGCUAAAUUAAAUGCAGAAGUUCAAGGGCAGCAGCCAGAAUGUGAUUCUACAUUUCAGCUAUUGCAUGUUGGUGUUACUGUGUAGCAUAUUGUGGUCUUUUGGGAGGCAGAUAUCCACUUAACUUUUCUUAAAAAUAUUCAGUUGCCUUUUUUUUUUUUUUGGAGGGGAGUACUCCCUACCCCUAAUUUUGUUACUAUUUAUGUAGAAUUUGUAUUCAUGUCUCAUAUUUUUCAGAUUCUAGAUAUUGAGCUGAGUUUUCAUUUUGAUUUUGUUAGCUUUUUACUUAGCUGUAAGGUACCAAACUAUUUAUAUUGAAAGCUAUAUGCACUUAUUUCUUAACUGAAUUGCAUCAGCAAUGUUCCUGUUUCUUUCAUGUACUCAUUUACUUUAAAAAAUAAGCUAGAAUAUAUUAAAGAAAAUAGAAAAAAUUACCUUAAAUAUAUAAAUAAGAGAAUUUUGGCCCUUCUUUGUCUGCGAAAAUUAAUUAUAUAGUAAGGAAUGAAAUUUGAUAAAGCAAAUAUAAAUGAGAAAUAUGAGGAUUGUGAAUUAUUGAAAUUUGCCAGUCUCCCUCGUGUAAAAUGUUUUUUUAGAGCCUUUUUUCCUCCUUUCAGAGUCAAGGAAAGCCUUUCUAUAAGCAAAUUAAGGAAGAAAAGGUAGGAUUAUAAGAUUUCUCAAUGGGGAUGAUUAAAUUGUCUCGUGGAAAACUUCAGUUAAUGUCACGCAUCAGUUUUAACAUAUGAAGUAAAGUGUUCUAUCCAGGAUUAAAGUCAAGUUUACUUAGGCAACAUAAGAAUAUUUCACUUAGAUAUGAAGAAAGGAAACACUAGUCUCCAUAUACUUGAAAUACUGUCAUGGCAAAUAUUUAUCCUUUCAUUAAGUGCUUUUUCACCCUAUAGAUAAGCAUUUAUGUGCCAACAUGUUGUCGGAAAUUAAUGUAUGUUCAUCUCCUCUGUUCCUGCUUAUAUUUACUUGUGUAUUUCAACAGAAGGUCCAUGGCCAUUCACUUCAAUUUUGACCUCUGUCCCAUAGUGAAGAACAUUUAAAGUAAUACUAAUGGUCGAAUAUAAAUGACUUUUUAGGAACUGCUUUUUGUCUAACCUGAGAAAGUGCCACAUUUGGAAGACAAUUUAGUGAUGGUGAAGAAAUAAUAAACCUCACUUUACUUGUUAAAAGGGAUAUAUAUAUAUACGUCUGCAACUUCAGGGAGAAAUAAGAUUGUGUUUGAAUAUUGUAGGUAGAUGCAUUUGUAAUUAAGGAUAAUAUCAUUGAACAACAUGUAUUUGGUUUCCCUCAACUUACAGACAUACAGCUAUUUAAAACUAUGGCAAUACUUAAGUGUUCUCUAAAUUUAGGUGCUAAAUAUCUAUCAUUCUGUUGUAGUCAUUAGGUGCCCUUCUCUGAAGUUAUAUAAAAUAAAAGCAUCUGAUCCUUCAAGGAUAAAGUUGAGGAUCACGUGGUACGUGGCGUUUUUUGUUGUUGUUUUUUAAAGAGAUGGAGUCUGGCUCUGUUGGUGUAGUGCCAUGAUCAUAGUUCACUAUAACCUUGAACUCCUGGCUCAAGUGAUCUCCCACUUCAGCCUCCUGAGUAUCUGGGAUUAUAAGCAGGAGCCACUGCUCCCAGCUCAUGGUAUUUGUUGAUAGUCAUAACAUUUUUCCUGUAUGGUAAGAUAUAUUUUUCUCAGUUUAUAAAUACGUAGCACUCAGGUUGAGACGACUUGGAUUUUAUUCUUAGAAAUCCAGAAUCCCUUGAAAAGGAAAUAUUUUCUGUUUCUUAUAAAUAAAACAGUAAUCUUACUUUCAGAAGGAUUUUCCUUAGUGAAACAUGUGUAACAUUGAAUGCAUGUUAAAUAAAAAUGGAAUUUCUAACUUUUUUCAAUAGUGCUAAUUAUCUUUUCUGAAUGAUUUUGAAUGUCUUCUUAAAUAUACCCUAUUUUUCUAUUUUACAGUUAAGUGCCUCACUUGCUGUCCAUAGUUAGACAAAGAAAAACCAAUUUGCACUGCACUAGUACCAAAAUACUACUUUAUACAUUAGUUUUUCAUAAAAGCUGCUGGAAUGUCAUGAUUCAGUAUUACCUAAAUAGAUUUCUGCUAAAACCCUCUCCCUCCUGUCUUUUUUAAGUUAUGGCAAAACACAACUAAAUUCAUUUGAUCAUCAGCACUUGUUAGCAGGAUUUCCUUUUUUACCUUUGCCUUGUUUCUCUAGCCCACAAAUAGUACUCAGCAUACUUUCAUUAAAAAUUUGGCACAAUAUGAUAAUUAUUAAUAUUCUGUUCUUCGUCUGUGUUUUAUUUAACUUUUACUAGUGUUUAGAAGUGCAAGAAUAUUAAAUAGUCCCUUAACUGUACAUAUUAUCUUGAAUGUAGAUAAAAUGAAAAUAUUGUAAAUUAGAAUGUAGGAAAACUAGCAUAGACUUAAUAUAUUUUAAUGGGUUUAUAUUAUACUUUAAAAGUAAUUUAUAUAAUUAAAAUAUUUGGUUUUAACUCUACGGGCUAUUCUUUGGUUGGCUGAAGAGGGAAUGGGUCUAGUAAGGUUUGGAAAGUUGAGCUUUGAACAUGCUCUUUGUGUUUUUUUCCUAACAAGGAGAGGUUUAGUUCAGCUGUGCUAUUUUAGUACACAUCAGUUCUCUUGAUUUAUGGAAGAUUCAGUUUAUCAAUUAAGAAUUCCUGCAGAAGCACAGAAUCAUACCAUGUAAGACUUGGAAGGAAGCUUAAGAGAUUUCUGUUCGAAUCUCUUUGUUUCAAAGAUGAAACUAAAGCACAGCAUGUUAAAUGAGUUGUCUAAGUUAUAGCUAGUUAGUAGUAAAUAAACUGUGAAAACCUAUAUGCUACUGUAGUCCAAAAUUUUAUUAUGUCCUCUUAAUCUUUACAUUUAGUGAGUCAGUAAAGAAAUCUCUGCAUAUUUCUCAUUCUCUUUGAAAGAGGAAAAAAACUUCUAAGAGAGCUACAACUCUAUCACUCAUGACAGAGUUGCUUGUAGAAAAUAACUAAUUCCUUCAGAACCUUGAGUGAAUUUUCUCCAAGAAAUGUGACUUGAUUAAAAUGGUUUCAAAAGAGCAAUAGUGGAAAUUAAAGUUUUAGAAAAGAUACCUGGUGUGGUGGUUGACGACUGUAAUCCCACUGCUUUGGGAGGCCGAGGCCGGCGGAUCACUUGAGGCCAGGAGUUCAAGACCAGCCUGGAUAACAUAGCAAGACCCCCUUCUCUACAAAAAAAAUUUUUUCUGGAAAGAGUAAGUACAUUUUAGAGUCCCUUUAUUUUAUGACAGGCAGUAUGACAGGUUGCUGAGGUAUAUAAAAUUUUCUAGAGAAAUGCUGAGUUUGAUGACAUUUUAUCUUCAGUUUUGUAGAACAACAGAUGUUAAAAUGUUAACUUUCCUGGUGUGCAGAAAGCUGUAAUCACAACAGUUGAUAAUAUGCAAUUUAGUUUGAUUUUAUAGGUUUAAUUAUAAAAGGCUUCACAAUAUGCAUGUUUUAGGAAAAUGUUCAUUUAUUUAGUCAUAUAAUUGUUUGUAUAUAUGUAAAUAACUUUAUUCUGGAAUAAUGUGGGUGCCAUCUUGAGUGUUUGUUUUUGUUUUGGAUUAUUUUUUGUAUACAAACACCAUAAUACUGUAUUUUCCUGUUAUCUACUUAAGUCUAGUUCUACUUUUUACCAAUAAUUUCAGGAAAAUACAAGCUUGAGAUAUUAUACUAUCUCCCUUGGUAUUUUUUUGUGUGCAAAGUCUUAGAAUUGGAUUUAUAACAUUGAUAAUAAAAAUAUAAAACGUUUUUCCUCAAGAAUUAAGACAGUAAAAAGAAAAAAUAGAAUGAAUAUGAUCAUUUCCCCAUCAUAAAGGAAAGAAGAGACUUCAUUUUUUUUUUUUUUUGAGCUAGAGUUUCACUGUUGUCACCCAGGCUGGUCUCAGCUCACUGCAACCUCCACUUCCUGGAUACAAGCGAUUCUCCUGCCUCAGCUUCCUGUGUAGCUGGGAUUACAGGUGUGCAACCACAAGGCUCGGCUAAUUUUUUUGUAUGUUUAGUAGAGAUGGGGUUUCACCAUGUUGGCCAGGCUGGUCUCAAACUCCUGACCUCAAGUGAUCCACCCGCCUCGGCCUCCGAAAGUGCUGAGAUUACAGGUGUGAGCCACUGCGCCCAGCCAAGACUUCAUUGUUUAAUGUAUAUUUUUAUUUUUUCCAAACACCAGCUCGAAUCAGAGUAUAUUUUUAUUUUGCCACAUACCUUUAAAAGGUAUUUAUUGUGUCAUAAUGUUUUAAAUGUUAAAUAUAUGAUAUCCUCAUUCAUGAAGUGAAGCAGAAAGGGUCUGUAAGGAACAUUCUAAACAUUUUUAAUAAUAUUGCUUUUACUGAUCAAGCUUGUUGUGCCAUAUUAAAAUUAAAAGUCAAAUCAACAAAGCAGUCUUCACAGCCUUGGAAAGAAAUAGAUAACUGUCUUCUUAAAAUGAGGUGCUUUUUAUCUGUGGAUGAAUGGAAAUCAUACUGAAUUUUAAUUCUUAUUUAUUUUAGUGGAUAGCAGGAAUCACUCUGUAGUAGUUUUGUUCAUUUUCUUUUCUUUUUUUUUUUUUGAGACAGUCUCGCUCUGUCACCAGGCUGGAGUGCAGUGGCGUGAUCUUGGCUCACUGCAGCCUCCACCUCCCGGUUCAAGUGAUUCUCCUGCCUCAUCCUCCCGAGUAGCUAAGACCACAGGCACACGCCACCAUGCCCAGCUAAUUUUUAUAUUUUUAGUAGAGAUGGUGUUUCACCAUGUUGGCCAGGGAUCUCAAUCUCUUGACCUCGUGAUCCACCCACUUUGGCCUCCCAAAGUGCUGGGAUUACAGGCGUGAGCCACUGCACCUGGCCUUGUUCAUCUUCUAAUUAAAUCUCUUUGAAUGUUUUGUAAUAAUUUUAAUGUUGACAAGAGUUUAAAAAUAAUUUGAUUUUGGACUGUAUUUAGAUUUCUCUUUAAUUUUGUUGUAGAAAUAGUAUGAUUUAAAGUGGUUAUGAUCUGUUUUAUGAAGGCUUACUAUUUUAUAUUGUACUUAUUUAAUUUGUAUUCGAGUCUCUAAUUUUAAAUAAAAGGUUUAUACAUUUGA